AAUAAUAUAAUUCAUUGAGUUGUGACAGCUGUCAAACUGACAGAUAUAAGUAGUUCACUUUUCAUUUUUGUUUAUUUUUAUUAUGUUUAGUACCGGCGUCGGUUAAGAGAAUCGGUGGAUUUCAAUACGGAAAAAUCAAUUGAAAAGAUAUGAGUGACAUGUUGGGAUAUGAAGGAAUAUCAAUUAUAAAGUUCUACUCUAUAACAUAUUCACUGAAAAAUGAAUGUUUCGGAGUAAUAUCAGUAUGAAGUGAAUAAAUUUAUGAAAAAAUAACGUAACUGAUAUUAUAAGUGAAGUUUUUUUUUAUAAAAUGGUGAAAUAUUGCUGUGCUCCUGGUUGUUUGAAUUAUUGGGGACAAAAUAAAAAUAUCACAUUUCACAGGUUUCCACACAAACGUCCUGAUAUUUUGGAAAAAUGGAUUCAAGCAACAAAGAUGAAAAAUUUCGAGGCAAAUUUAUUCGCCAUGAUUUGCAGUGAUCAUUUUACAGUUGAUUGCUAUACAGAAAACAACCUACAUCGAAGAAUCUUGAAAAAAGAAGCUAUUCCCACAAUAUUUAAACAUUUUAAUAAUAUCAAGACUUCAGUUACAGUUGAACCCAGUGGCGCAGAGCCAAGUUCAUCUGAUAAGGCCAAAGAAGAGGAAAUAGAGUUGAAAGAAAAUGAUCCCGUUGUUCAAUCUAAUCACAUUACAGAGAGUGUAGAAAAAAUGGAUUGUUGUAAGUCAAAUCAAGUCCAAAAUGGUUGGUUUAGGGAAAUCAAUGAUAUGUGGCCAGGGCAACAUUUUGCCCUCAAAGUUGAUAAAGUAUUGAGUUGUGAAAAAUCUGAAUUCCAGGAAGUUAUGGUUUUACAAACAUCUAAUCAUGGAAAGGCAUUAAUCUUAGAUGGAAUAAUUCAAUGUACAGAAAAUGAUGAAUUUGCAUAUCAAGAAAUGAUUUCUUUCCUUCCCCUUUGUGCUCAUCCCAAUCCGGAGAGAGUUCUUAUAGUGGGCGGUGGCGAUGGGGGCGUGGCUAGAGAAGUUGCUAAACAUCCAUUGGUCAAAGAAAUUGUCCAGGUUGAGAUUGACCAGAUGGUCAUAGAUGUGUCCAAGAAAUACCUGCCCUCCAUGUCUAAAGGAUUAGACUCCAACAAAUUAGAUCUCAAGGUUACCGAUGGUUUCGAAUAUAUGAGGAAUCAUAAGAAAGAAUUUGACGUCAUCAUAACUGACUCUAGUGAUCCAAUAGGACCAGCCAUCGCUCUUUUUUCAGAAUCUUACUUUUUGCUCCUGAAAGAAGCUUUGAAACCAGGUGGCAUAAUUUGUUCUCAAGGAGGAACGGUUUGGGCUGGCUUGGAAAUGGUCAAAAAUACUUUCGAUCAUUGCAAGAAAUAUUUCAAAGUUGUGAGAUAUCCAAUUGUUAGUGUCCCCACAUAUCCAACAGGCCAAAUUGGGUUUUUUUUGGCUGGCAUCGAUGAAAAUAUUAAUUUGACAGAGCCUAAGUUCCUGUUCACAGAGGUUGAACUGCAGAAAUAUGAAUUGAAGUAUUACAAUUCAGAAAUUCAUAAAGCAUGCUUUAUCUUGCCAAAUUUUGCAAAAAAAGUUUUAUAUGGUUGAUGUUUUAUUAAUUAUAUUUUUUUAGGUUCCUAUAUAUUUUUUUCAAUGUUAGAAAUAGUUAAAUAUUUUAUAGAUUCAUUAUUUUAUUUGAUUUUAUAUUUCUUUGUAUACUGUGUCAAGGGUAGAUUUCUGAUGGUUUUGCUCUUAUUAACCUAUUGCUUGAUUUUAGUUAGAACAGUAUUAAGGGUGUAGUUCUAACUUUUUAUUACUAUUUUAUACAAUUGUACUAUUCAACCUAAUAAAAAUUUUACAUAGAUA